AUGCAACAUCACCAGGCACAGAAUGAUUUUCAGCGCAAGUGGGACAAGGAUGAGUAUGAACAAUUGGCUCAAAAGCGAAUCACAGAGGAAAGAGAGAAAAAAAAUGGCAAACCCGUACCACAGGUCAAACUAGCGCUCCUCCAGCACAGAGACUACGAGGUGGAUUUGGAGUCUAAGGUUGGAAGGACCAGCUUCAUCACAAAGACCACACCACAGGCUGAGAUGGGAGGGCACUACUGCAACGUUUGUGAUUGUGUUGUGAAAGACUCCAUCAACUUUCUGGAUCAUAUCAAUGGCAGGAAGCACCAGAGGAACCUGGGAAUGUCAAUGAGAGUGGAACGCUCCACGUUGGACCAGGUUAAAAAACGUUUUGAGGUGAACAAAAAGAAACUGGAAGAAAAAAAAAAGAAAGAUUUUGAAGAGCGAAUGAAGGAAUUGCAAGAAGAGGAGGAAAAGGCAAAAGUGUACAAAAGGGAGAAGCGAAAAGAAUAUAUGAAGAGAAGAAGAGAAAAAGAGAGGAAACAAAUAGCAGAAGACCACCUUUAUUUUGAAGCAGAUGAGGAAGUGGUUGCUGUAAUGGGAUUCUCAAAAUUCAGUUCCUCCAAAAAGCCCCAUUGAAUAUUAAUGUGUUGCAUGUACCAAUUCUGGGGCCUUACUGCUCUGUUUAGCGUGAGGACUGGUCUGAUUUUUUCCAAAUGCACAAUGAGAAUACAAUGAGAAAAUUCAAAGCCAACAAUAACCAAGGAUGGUAAAAUAAGUGGAUUCAAAUUCAAA